AUGAAAAAUCAUUGUGCAGAGCAUACAAGAUCACAUGAGUUUGUGUGUUUUGCUUGUAAUGAACUCAUGUGCUCAAGAUGUACAAUAAAUCACAAUAAUGACCACCCAGAUCAUGUUCAACAAUACGAUCAUAUCGAUAAUAUCAGACAUUAUUUAAAUAAUUUGAAUUUAUCAGAAUCAGAUAAUAGUAAAAAUAACAACAAUAGUUAUAAUGUUAAUAAUAAAGACAAUUUACAUCUUAAAGCGAUUUGGGAAACAUUAAAGACAUCAACAUCUCUAUAUCAAUCAUUAUCAGCAACAGAAGAUGAAAUCAAACAACAUUUUGAACAAUUACAUCAAUAUCUUGUAAUUGAGGAACAUAAACUAAGGGGACCAAUCAUUAAUGAUAAUGAUACAAUCAUUAAUCAAAUAGAUAGCAAUAUAAAUCAAUUGAAAUAUAUAGUUAAUAUUAUAAAUUUAAAUAAUAAAUUAAAUAAUAAAUUAGAAUAUAACAGUAUUGAUAAUAAUGAUGAUAGUCAGUCAAUAACAGAAGAUACAACCGAACAAUAUUCAACAACAACAAUAAUGAAAUCAAUCAUCUCAAGUUCAUCAUUAGAAACAUUCAUCUCAGAUAAUAAUCAAACAUUGUUCAAUGAUGAUCAUGAUCCAUUCAAUAUCGAUGAACUUAUCAAACAAUACAACAAUGAUUCAUCAUCAUUAUUAUUGGAUAUCAUUCAUAAAUACAACAAUCAAUUCAAUAUGACAACUGAAAUCAAUGAUAAUAAUAAUAAUAACAAUAAAACAUCAUCAAUACAAUCAUUAUCAUACAAAUUAAAAAUCAAACAACCUGAUUUCAAUCAAUUGAAUUCAAUUAUCAAUAGAUCAAUCAAACUUAAUAGAGUCGUGGAAUCAUCAUUAUUAACAACAAACAACGAUGAUAAUAAAUCUUCAUACAUUUUCACAACACAUAGAUCAAGAGGAGCAACACUUAUCAACACAUCAAAUAACAAUUCAAUCGAACAAUUAGAUUUAAAUUAUGAUUUUUAUAAUACAUACCAAUCAAUUGUUUCAAUUGGUGAAUAUAUCUAUGUAUUCGGUGGUUCCGACAAUCCAAAGAAAUGGAUGAAAUUCUCAAUGAAAUCGAAAUCAAUUGAACAUAUUGGGGAUUUCAAAGGAAUCAAAGGUGAUAGGUAUUUUCCGGUUUGUUAUGAUGGUCAAGAUCAUAUCUAUUUGGUUAUUGAUUUUCCUAAAGUUAAAAUCGAUCGAUUCAACAUCAAUACAAUGACAUUUGAAAGAUAUUAUCAAUUACCAGAUGAAUAUGAUGAUCAAAUAUCAGCGAUGAUCUUCAAAGGUUCCUUAUAUUCAAUAUCAUAUAAAGAAAAUAAUAUAUUAAAGUUGGAUUUGGUAAAUAGCACAAUAACAAAUCAUCAAAUUGACAUUGCACCAUUCAGAUCAUGCCAUGAUAACAAUGGAAAUUUCUUUAUAUACGAUGAAGUCACCAAACGAUUGAUCAAAUACAAUGUAGAAAGUAAACAAUCAUCCAAUCUCGAGCCUAUUCCUAAGGAAAAUGAAUGUCUAUUUUUAAUAUAUCACCAAGAAUCACCAACAUCAAGCUUUAUCUAUUCAUUUGGUGGUGUUAGACAAGGCAAUUUCAAAUAUUCAGUCGAAGACGAUGAUUGGAAAUCAUUCUUGGAGGAUGAUAAAUUCGAUAGAGAAUGGUGUGCAUCUACAUCAAUACAAUAUUAG